UUUCACUCCGACAAUGGAUACUGAAUCAAUCAGACUCGAUGUUAAUGUAGAAGCUACGUCUCAAGAUCCGUCGUUAGGGUUAUUAAGCACGGUGAGAAUCACUGUAAAGAGAGGGUACUUCGAGGAGUUUAUUAUAGAGAAGAACGAUGAUCAUCAUAGCAUCAAGAGUGUCGGAUCUUACCGUAAUUCUCCACCAGGUCCAGACUCAAAAUUUAUUCUGAAACUCCGAACCUUCGAGCCAAAGGACGUCUAUCGAACCCUCCAUAGCCAACUCCACGAUGGUCUCUUGUCCGAAUACAUAGCUGAUGAGAUUGUUGUCCAAGCCCUACGACAAAGAAUCAAAAGUUCUAACUUGCCACAACAACCUUUAUUCAUGACAGGUACUGUUAAACUGACACAGAAGGUGUACAACGUUGUGCCUUGUUACUCUGCUCCGUCUGCAACAAAUUUGGAGAGUACUUGUGCCAUCAGUUUGGAAGAUCUGGAUCUGUCUAGAACCGAGGAUUACUGCCAGAUGCCUCACUGCUCGCAUUGUUAUCAUAACGAUUGUUUCAAUAAGUGGAGAGAUCGACAUAAUCAGCAAGAUUGCUCAUGCCCUCUCUGUCGCAAACUAGUUGAUUAACGACCAGCGUGAAACGGAGUCUAAUUAGGGUUUCA